CGAGGCCGGAGCCAUGGGCGAGACCAAGAUCAUCUACCACCUGGACGGGCAGGAGACGCCGUACCUGGUGAAGCUGCCCCUGCCCGCCGAGCGCGUCACCUUGGCGGACUUUAAGGGCGUUCUGCAGCGACCCAGCUAUAAGUUCUUCUUCAAGUCUAUGGACGACGAUUUCGGAGUGGUGAAGGAGGAGAUCUCGGAUGACAAUGCCAAGCUGCCCUGCUUCAAUGGCAGGGUGGUGUCCUGGCUGGUGUCAGCUGAGGGCUCACACCCAGAGCCAGCUCCCUUCUGUGCUGAUAACCCAUCGGAGCUGCCGCCACCCAUGGAGCGCACAGGAGGCAUUGGGGACUCCCGGCCCCCUUCUUUCCACCCUCAUGCUGGUGGGGGCAGCCAGGAGAACCUGGACAAUGACACAGAGACGGACUCAUUGGUAUCUGCCCAGCGGGAGCGGCCUCGCAGGAGGGACGGCCCAGAGCACACAACCCGGCUAAAUGGAACUGCAAAAGGGGAGCGGCGGCGAGAGCCAGGGGGUUAUGACAGCUCGUCUACCCUCAUGAGCAGCGAGUUGGAGACCACCAGCUUCUUUGAUUCGGAGGAGGAUGACUCUACCAGCAGGUUCAGCAGCUCCACAGAGCAGAGCAGUGCCUCACGCCUAAUGAGAAGACACAAGCGGCGGCGGCGGAAGCAGAAGGUUUCCCGGAUCGAGCGGUCCUCAUCCUUCAGCAGCAUCACGGACUCUACCAUGUCACUCAACAUCAUCACGGUCACUCUCAACAUGGAAAAGUAUAACUUCUUGGGCAUCUCCAUUGUGGGCCAAAGCAACGAGCGUGGUGACGGAGGCAUCUACAUUGGCUCUAUCAUGAAGGGUGGGGCUGUGGCUGCUGAUGGACGUAUCGAGCCAGGAGAUAUGCUGUUACAGGUAAACGAGAUCAACUUUGAGAACAUGAGUAAUGACGAUGCUGUCCGGGUACUGCGGGAGAUUGUGCACAAACCAGGGCCCAUCACCCUGACUGUCGCCAAGUGCUGGGACCCAAGUCCACGUGGUUGCUUCACACUGCCCAGGAGUGAACCCAUCCGGCCCAUUGACCCUGCGGCCUGGGUCUCCCACACUGCAGCCAUGACUGGCACCUUCCCUGCCUAUGGCAUGAGCCCCUCCCUGAGUACCAUCACCUCCACCAGCUCCUCCAUCACCAGCUCCAUCCCUGACACAGAGCGCCUAGACGACUUCCACCUGUCCAUUCACAGUGACAUGGCUGCCAUUGUGAAAGCCAUGGCCUCCCCUGAAUCUGGGCUGGAGGUCCGAGACCGCAUGUGGCUCAAGAUCACUAUCCCCAACGCUUUCAUUGGCUCAGAUGUCGUGGACUGGCUGUACCAUAACGUGGAAGGCUUCACCGACCGGCGAGAGGCCCGCAAGUAUGCCAGCAACCUGCUGAAAGCCGGCUUCAUCCGCCACACGGUCAACAAGAUCACCUUCUCCGAGCAGUGCUACUACAUCUUCGGUGACCUCUGUGGCAACAUGGCCAACCUGUCCCUCCACGAUCACGAUGGCUCCAGCGGUGCCUCUGACCAGGACACACUGGCUCCUUUGCCGCACCCGGGGGCCGCCCCUUGGCCCAUGGCCUUCCCUUACCAGUAUCCGCCGCCCCCGCACCCCUACAACCCGCACCCAGGCUUCCCAGAGCUGGGGUACAGCUACGGCGGGGGCAGCGCCAGCAGUCAGCACAGUGAAGGCAGCCGGAGCAGUGGCUCCAACCGUAGUGGCAGCGACCGGCGGAAGGAGAAGGACCCGAAGGCUGGGGACUCCAAGUCAGGCGGCAGCGGCAGCGAGUCAGACCACACGACGCGCAGCAGCUUGCGGGGGCCGCGGGAGCGGGCGCCCAGCGAGCGCUCAGGGCCGGCCGCCAGCGAGCACAGCCACCGCAGCCACCACUCGCUGGCCAGCAGCCUGCGCAGCCAUCACACGCAUCCGAGCUACGGCCCCCCUGGUGUGCCCCCUCUCUACGGGCCCCCCAUGCUGAUGAUGCCCCCACCGCCCACAGCCAUGGGACCCCCAGGAGCCCCUCCAGGCCGUGACCUGGCCUCGGUGCCCCCUGAACUGACUGCCAGCAGACAGUCCUUCCGCAUGGCCAUGGGAAACCCCAGUGAGUUCUUUGUGGAUGUGAUGUGAGCAGGGCCCCUCCCCCAUUUCCAUCCCACCCCUAACCUGGCUGGCUGCUCCCACUCUCCAUCUGUCCAGUCUUUUUUACUUUGUCUGGUACCUGAAAGGGAAAUAAAUGGAACUAAAUCCA